CUUCAUCAGAAGAUCACCAUUUCUUUUGCCUCAGUAAGCUCCUCUUUCACUAUCUCCGUCGUUGCUCCGCUUCCUACUGGUUCAAAGGUUCGAUUUGUGAUUCUUGAAACAUUUCUAAUACUGAUCUCUGUCUUUGUUUUGCUUGAUUUGGGUUAGAUCAUAUUUUCCUUCUGCAAUUAGGGCUCUUGAGUUGCUUCUUUUGCACGCUUUCUCAUACUGUUUCCUUAUCUUCUACUUUGAUUCUCUGUUUUCGUUUGUAAGUAUCGAUUCAACAGCUUUGUAUCGAUUCUCUGUUUUUCUUUUUUCUUCUUUGUUAACAGUUUGAAAGACAAAAGAAGAAUGAGGGUUGAUUUUUCUGAGCCAGAGUACAGGAACUGUUACCAUUGUCGCGAUUCAGGCAUACUUAAUACUCAAGAAUCUGAACCGAACAAUGUGAUUGGCUCAUCCAUCACUUCAGUUCCGGUUAGUUCCGGACCAUUUCAAGCUCUUGGACAUGCUUCUGCUGCUAUUGGUUCAACCUCAACAUCAUCUCCAGUUCAAAGUUCUUCAUCAUUCAGCUUUGGAUCCGCUCCUGCUGCCACCACAUCUGUUGGUGUGUCUAGUACUUCCACACCCACACCCAUUAGCUUCCUCCCAUUUGGUUACGUCCCACCACCUCCACCGAGUUCUUCACUGUCUGGGCCAGCGCAAAAUGUGCCUUGGAGUAUUAGUGCUUAUUCUACUGCAGGGCGCGGUGUUGAAUGGGCCUGGGCCAGACCCGAUGUUGCUGUCUAUCCAGCAUCCUCCUCCUCCUCCUCUACUAGUACAGUAGUUUUUGGUACAACACCAGUGAGUGUUUCUUCACUGUUUGGGCCGUCCCAAGAUUUCCCCAAGACUACUUUUGCUUGUUGUUCAAGCACCCCAGCACCUACAAGGUGUGAAUGUUCUUUUGCUAAACCUUUUUUUGGUUCCUCGCCUGCAUCUUCCUCUUCUAACCUUUUUGGACCAAACCCAUCGACGACUACUGCAUCAGUUUUUGGUACAUCUGCAACGAGUGGUUCUUCACUUUUUGGGCCAGCGCAACAUCCACUAAGUUACGACUCUAUUGGUGGUUCAGCCUUUGCUGGUGUUAAAACAUCAUCUCCUCAACCUCUUGGUUUCAAUGGAGCUACUACUCUCUUGCCGAGCUCGCAUGAGGGACAAAACAUAUCUUCUUUCAAGCCUUAUGUAGAUAAAAGCCAUGAUGAAUUAAGGUGGGAAUAUUACAAGAAAGAAGCUAAAGGUGGGUCGUUUCCUGCUGCUCAUGCCUCUCCCAUAGGCUCAAAGCCAAACGCUGUGUUUUCACCAUCAACGGUAUCGACAUCAUUAUUUGCUUCUCCAAGCGUACCUGAUCAUCAUCAGAGGACAAAUUUUAGUACAACGCUAGGAAACUUUACUGGUCCUGCUUUUGGUUUCUUCCCUGCUGCUGCUGGUGGUGCUACAACAUUUUCAUCUACCGGUUUCGGUCAACCUAAUGCGCCUUUCCCUGGUUUCGAUUCCCAGUUUCCGAGCGCUUUUUCAUCUUUCUCGACGACAUAUCCUGCCGUAAGCUCGAGUGUUCAGAGACCCCAUGAAACAGGUGCUGUUUCUUCCCCAGCAUUUGGAUGCACAGCCUGUGGAGCAACAAGUAGCUCCUCUGCUUCUGAUCACUUCACCUUUAAUGGUGCCACAACUCCUCCCGGGUUGUUCUUUCCUACCACUAGUUCUGGUCCUAUGAUGUUUGGAACAACUCUUGCUGCUCAAGGCACAACUCCAGCACUUCAAACCUAUCCUGUUCAAGGUUUCAUUCUUCUCCCAUUCGCCGCCAUGAGUCUGCAGUAAUUUCUUUACUCUCCAGCAGUUCAAGGCUAUCUUGUCCAAGGUUUCAUUCUUCUCCCAUUCACCGCCAUGAAUCUGCACUUCUGCAGUAAUUUCUUUACUUUCUGCAUCAAACUCUGUCUUCCAAAUUGUAGGACUAAGUCUUUGUCUUGAUUUAAGAAAAAAAAAAAAAAAAAUUGUGUCAAAUUUAUGAUUGUCUUUGUAAAAAUAUAGCUGUCAUGGAUGAAAACAGUUCGUGUUACAUGUUCUUCCUUUGAAUGUACUAUAUAAAAACAUCAUUGUUUUGGAUAAAUCAACCAAAAAGCUCUCCUCUGUUUUGUAUGCUAUGUAUGAUGGGGAGUAUGUGGAAUUCU